AUGGGUUGUCGCAGCUCAAAAGAGGAGCAUCUGUUAAAAAUCAUUGAAUUAUCUAACAAUAGAUUAACUGAUUAGGAUAUUGAAGAGAUAAUGAUGAACACUUAAUUCAAUGAAUUAGAAUUAUUGAAACUGUAUAGAAAAUUUAAAGAACUUGACAUUAUAAAAAGGGGAUAACUCACUAAUAAGGAAUUUUUGAAUUUGCCUGAGCUUAAGUACAAUCCUUUCAGAUCUCGAUUAGUAGACGGAUUCUAAUUAAAAUCAGAUGAGGAUGUUAAAACAAUGAGGUUAAUGAGAUAGGAUUCUCUAUAACUGGAGGAUUUUAAUGAUGCACUCAGGAAGGAGACUGUCUCUUUUCCGGAAGAAUAAAAAGGUUUAAACUUCGAUGCUACUUAAACUGAUCAUCCAGGGGAGAACGGCAAAGGCAAGUAGGAAUUCAUGGGCAAGAAGGGGAGUAAGGUAGCACCAGAUGGUAUAUCAAGAACUAAGACUAUGAAUGAUCUAGUAGAGGAGGAGGAUGAACAUCUUAAGACAGAAGAAGAUGAUAAUGAAUUUGUUAAGAAGCUCGGAACUGAAGCAUAUAUAACUUUUGCAGAGUUCGCCAAGUAUUUAUCUCUGUUCAACCCAAAAACGGGUCUUGAUGAAAAAAUUUAAUUUUAUUUCAGAAUAUUUGAUACUGAUUAGAAUAAGAGGGUUGAUGAGAAGGAUUUAGGGAAUAUAAUGAAGCUAUUGUUUGGUAAUAGAAUGUCAUAAGAAGAUAUCAAAACUUUGCAAGAAAAAAUCUUUGAGGAAGCUGAUACAGGAGCUAAAGGCUAUCUAGACUAUGAUGAUAUAUAAAAGGUACUGUGGGCAACAAAUUUAGAGCAUAAGUGCUCAAUGCAUUUCUUCUAGAGCUGA